UUUAACAACAACCGACAUAAAGAUUCAAUCUAAUGAACCUGGUAGAUCAAAUGCUAUGAAUGAAUUAAAUCAAGAAUCAAAACGUAUUGCUGAUAAUGCUAAAGCUGCUUUAUCUGGUUAA